ACACUCCUUCCACCAACCACUCCAACCAGGACCCUAGACUUGCAUGCUCUGCAGAGCCUGCCACCUGCAGGCCCUGCCAACCCCCCCUCUCGGGUAGUGCUGGGUUUUUCCAGCCGGAGCCUCACUCUCUCUACUGCAAUCCUGGAAAUUGGUGUCUGACGCGGCUGCUCCUGCACGUUAUUUAUUGAUUUCCUCUGCCCCCGUGGAGACCCUCCUGUCCAGAGAGCUGCCACCUGCCCAGGGAGCCGAGGCAGGCAGGAAGCGGCAGGGCCACGGGAGGCAGAGGGGAUGGAGAGAAGCACCGUUCGGCAGCCCCCACCCUGCUCAUCAAGCUCGUCAAGCCCUGCAGGGGCCGUGAGCACCAGGCAGGAGGCCAGAGAGGAGGGAGACUCCAGUAGGAGGGGACGGGAGGCAGCGCCUCGGGACCGAGCCCCCCUGAGCCAGCAGCGCCGGCUCAGACAGGCCACCCAGUUCCUGCACAAGGACUCUGCCGACCUGCUCCCCCUGGACAGCCUCAAGAGGCUCGGCACCUCCAAGGACUUGCAGCCGCACAGCGUGAUUCAAAGACGCCUAGUGGAGGGAAACCAGAGUCGGCUGCAGGGCGAGUCACCCCUGGCGCAGGCCCGGAUUCAUGGCCAGGAGGGCAGGAGGAAGACCAGCAAGACAGAGAUUCCGGCUCUUCUGGUCAACUGCAAGUGCCGAGACCAGGAGCUUCAGGUGGCCGUGGACACAGGCACCCAGCACAAUCAGAUCUCUGCUGGAUGCCUCAACCGCCUGGGCUUAGGGAAGAAGGUCCUCAAAGCCCCAGGUGGGGGCCUGGCCCCCGGGCCUCCCCUCCAGGUGGAGCAGCUGGAGCUACAGCUGGGCCAGGAGACGGUGGCCUGCUCGGCUCAGGUGGUGGAUGUUGAGAGUCCUGAGCUCUGUCUUGGACUGCAGACUCUGCUUUCCCUCAAGUGCUGUAUUGACUUGGAGCGUGGAGUGCUGCGGCUGAGAGCCCCCUUCCCAGAGCUGCCCUUCCUGCCUCUGUACCAAGAGCCUGGCCAGUGAUUGCUGAACCAGACAGUCCCCAGGGGAAGGACUCUGCCUUGGGGAGGAGCCAUAUGGGGGAAUGGGGCAUGAGAGCCAGGUAGCUGGGGACUACCGCGUCUGUCCCUUCUGUCGCCACCCUAACCCUGCCAUCCCAUUUCCUUCGGCCAGCCACAUUCCUCUCUGUUCUCAGUGACUGCUUCAGGAGUCCUCCAGGAAUCUUCCAGAGAGAGGGCCUAUGGUCUCAGGACCUGGCUUCCCUGGUCCCAUUCCCUUCCACAUCAGGACUGUGGCAAAGGGACAUUAAGUGGCAUGCUAGGGACUGGCCUGAGUCGAAGGCUGCAGCCCGUAUCGUCCUUCACUUGUGCCCUCCAUCCCGCCCUCCCCCCCCCCCACCCCUUGGUGGCCUUCACUCCCAGACCUGUUGCCUCACCUUCUGGGGCUUGUUAUCUUUCACAAUGAGCCUACCACAAGUCACCCCCCUCGGCCCUGUCCCUGCUGACGCCCACUUUUCUGAUUCUGUACACAUCUGUUCAUAGUUGAGUAGGGGAAGAAAGAGGCAAAAGAAUGUUCCAACAUAACGGGAAGGUGAGUUGGUAGAAGAAUGAAGGCUCACAGGGCUGGGAGCUUCCUUAGUUACCUUUUCUGGGGCUGCAAACGUCUGAAUCCGGUUAUUAUUUGAUUACACCAUGCAAAACGUUGGAUGGAACUCUGAUAAUUCUCUAGGCAUCGCUCCUCCUCCACUUGCUUUUUAACACAUUGGGACCCUGAAUUUCAGAGGGUGGGGGUGUGGAGGAGUGUUGUCAGGAAAUGCCCCGAGGUGGAAGGAUGGCAGAGUAGUCAGUACUCAGACUUACCCUAAUCAGUAUUCUUUCUUAUUUCUAGAGCCACUCACCUCAUUAGACCCUCUUCCUUCCCCUCAUCUCUGGCCUCUUGAGCUUGAGCUUGUCUAAUUUUGGAAUCAGUAACUUUCUAUCACUCACCAGGCUGUGAGCCAAGGCAAAAAAAUAAGGAGACUUUUUGUCUUCACUGUGAAGAGAAGAAUCUAACCCUAGACGAGCCAGCUCCCUGAGGGUCCUUCUGGCUGGUUUCAGGCUCUCGAGCCAUGGAUGAGGGGUAGAGGAAGACAGUGGUACCACUAACCUCAGUUAGGAAGCUAGAGCCCUUGGAGUGGAAACAAAGUCUUGAGCCUUGGGUAGAUUAGAGAAGAAGCAGGAUAGAACCUUGCUGCCCUGUGACCUCUGGUCUUGCCUUUCCCUGCUGAGCUCCCUGCCCUCUGAAGAAGAGGAGCAAACUCACUACCACAUGUGUAAUAAUGAUACCCUCAUCCCUCCUGCCUUGCCCCAUAGCCUCUGCUUUCUCUUCUGCCUCUUGCUGCUUCUGUAAGUGCAGACCCCAGACCCAGGGGCGGGCCUUCAGCUCAGCUGCUUCUCCAUUUGAAUAAACACCUGUUUCUCUAUGCCAA